AGGGGAGUUUCUUGGUGGCCUGCACUUCGUAGCCAAGAAACGGGCGUCGGACGGUUCUCCGAGAAGGUCCCGUUUUUUUAGGGCGGUAACGGUGUGUAUGAGUGGGUAAGGGUGGUGGGAGAAGCCGGAACAGCUCUGAACCAUGCUACUGAAACGUGCUCUUUCGGUAAAGAGGCCCAGUUUCUCCGGACCACGCAAGUGGGUUUAUCACACCGGCGAAAACUACAUUUCCCAGCAUCCCUGCGGUGACCGAACUAUCUUUCCCAAAAGCCUAAGCGUGAGCCACCCAGACUUCCGCCGCCUCCUGCCAACGGGAGAAUUGGGGACAUGAGGAGUUGCUGGGCUUUACGGUUUCUGCGCUGUGAAGGCAGCGGGGGCUACCGGAUUUCUCCUGCCUGUAGGCGUUUCUCGCCUGCCGUGCGGAGAGACUUCUUAACCACAACAACCAACGAAGAAUAUGAUGUCAGGCGAGUGGGCAUAACUCCUUUAGAGCAAAGGAAAUUAACUUUUGAUACCCAUGCAUUGGUUCAGGACUUGGAAACUCACGGAUUUGACAAAGCACAAGCAGAAACGAUUGUAUCAGCCUUAAGGAGUUUAUCGAGUGUCAGCCUGGAUACUAUCUAUAAGGAAAUGGUCACUCAAGCUCAACAGGAAAUAACAGUACAACAGAUAAUGGCUCAUUUGGACUCCAUUAGGAAAGACAUGGUCAUCCUAGAGAAAAGUGAAUUUGCAAAUCUGAGAGCAGAGAACGAGAAAAUGAAAGUUGAAUUAGACCAAGUUAAACAGCAACUGAUAAAUGAAACCAGUCAAAUCAGAGCAGAUAAUAAACUGGACAUCAACCUAGAAAGGAGCAGAGUAACAGAUAUGUUUACAGAUCAAGAAAAGAAACUUAUGGAAGCAACCACCGAAUUCACCAAAAAGGAUAACCAAACCAAAAGUGUUAUUUCAGAGACCAGUAAUAAAAUCGACACUGAAAUUGCUUCUUUAAAAACACUGAUGGAAUCUAACAAACUUGAGACAAUUCGUUAUCUUGCAGUUUUAUCCAGAUCAAGAAGCCAAGGCAAGGAAGUGCUAAACGUUUCAAAAGAUUUCAAAUGCCUUGACAAGAGGAUUCUAAGAUAAAAAUGAAUUAAGAAUACAACAGGAUAAUGUUAAAAUAUAAAUAGAAGAUUUUUGUUUUGAAAACAACUCAGCAGUUAUACCUUUGAAGCAAAUUUAGAUGGAAAGCCCCUGAGUCUCACUGGACCAUAUGGACCACUCUUGACUGUUCCAUACUUCGGAUAUUUAUAACUAUUUGUAACAAAACAAAUAACAAGGUUAUACAGAAUAACUGAUGGAUUAUAUUAUUAAUAGCACAUUGUAGAUUAAUUUUUAUUGGAUUAGUAAAUAAGAACCAUAAAGAUUAAAGUCCAUUGUAUAAUGCAAACUCUAUGGUGCAUUUGUUCACUCAACAAAAACGAAUGCUUACUCUGUGCCAAGCAACAUGGUAGUCCCCGUGUGUACAAAGGUUUUGUUUUCAUGGAGCUGACAGUCGUAGUGGAGAACACGGACAAUAAACAAAUUAUUUUGGUUAAAAUAUACUAAAGUAUUGAAGAAAUAUUAUGUGAAGAAAACUCCAACAGCAUACCAUUCUUGUCGCUCUUGGUACCCUCAUCCUCUCCGCCCAUGGCGAAGUAAAGUGACUUACCUAAUUUUAAGUUUGGAAGAAGAAACAAGGCUUAAGUAGCCCAGCCCCUUCUGUCCUCCUCCUCUGUGGGACCAUCCUGUCUGCAAAGAGCAUUCAUUUUGUUCUGCUUCUAUAGAAUCAGGAUCAACCUCUGCAGAAUGAGCCCUGUCCCAGUACAAUGAUAUUUGGAACAGGGUAAGUGUCCAGUUCUGAGGUUCAGUGAUAGGAAGCUUACUGGCCUGAAGAUAUAAACUGUAUUCUCCAAUUAUCAGUUUUAUCAGUUAAUAAAGGUACAAUUUAGGAAGACUCAUUAACACCCUGCCAUAUGCAGAUGACACAGUCUUGCUUGCCGAAAGCAAAGAGGAAUUGAAACACUUACUGAUAAAGAUCAAAGACUACAGCCUUCAGUAUGGAUUACACUUCAACAUAAAACAAAAAUCCUCCCAACUGGACCAAAAAGCAGCAUCAUGAUAAAUGGAGAAAAGACUUUAGUUGUCAAAGAUUUCAUUUACUUGGAUACACAGUCAACGCCCGUAGAAGCAGCAGUCAAGAAAUCAAAAGAUGCAUUGCAGUGGCCAAAUCUGCUGCAAAAGACCUCUUUAAAGUAUUAAAAACAAAGAUGUUACUUUGAGAACUAAGGUGCAUCAGACCCAAGCCAUGGUAUAUUCAGUCACCUCAUAUGCGUGUGAAAAACCUGAACAAUGAAUAAGGAAGACUCAAGAAUUGAUGCCUUUGAAUUAUGAUGUUGGUGAAGAAUAUUGAAUAUACCAUGGACUGCCAGAAGAACGAACAAAUCUGUGUUGGAAGAACUACAACCAGAAUGCUCCUUAGAAGUGAGGAUGGCAAGACGACUUCUCACAUACUUUGGACAUGUUAUCAGGAGGGACCAGUUUCUGGAGAAGGACAUGCUUGGUAGAGGGUCAGCAAAAAAGAGGAAGACCUUCGAUGAGAUGGACUGACACAGUGGCUGCCACAGCAGCCUCAAACACCAACGAUAGGAUGGUGCAGGACCAGGCAGUGUUUCGUUCUUUUGUACGUAGGGUCACUAUGAGUCAGAACCGACUUGACAGCUCCUAACAACAAUAACAAAAAGAUCAUACACAACAUAACCUAUGCCCAUUAUUUCUAAAUCCUGUAUCUUUUCCAGUGAGACUUCAUUUUGAUCAUAGCUUUGUAGCUCAGAUAGAUUUUUGUUAAGGGGAUGGAAAUACCCAAAAUGAAGGAAGAUGAGAGGUUUGUGCCCUUGUGUACCACACAACUACAUCCCUGAUCUAACACUUGCACCCUGCUACCAAACAGCUAUAUUGUUGUAUAUAUUUCUUUCCUAUACUAAACUGUAAGCUCUCAGAAGGGUACAUCGUACUUAUCUUUGAACCUGUAGGCACAGGGCUAACUCAUAUAAGGUACUUGU